AGCAGCGAUGAUUCCCAGGUAUCAGUGCGAUGGCGACCAGAAGGGCAAGAGGUUCGGUGUAUCGUUGAUUUUCGUUUCAUUUCUCAGUAGUGAGGCGUGCGAAGGAGAUACUACUCCAUAUCGUAUAUUGUCGUCGUUAAUUUGUCAUCAAUAAAUUCGUCUUAAUAAAUACGUCAUAAUGGCCGCGACUUGAGGGAUCGUUUGCUCGUGCAUGUGCGAGCUUUUUUUUGCCAUCGAGUUACGUGAAAUACGAGAGGGGAACGCGUACGAGAAAAAAAGGAAAGAUAUUGAAGUAGAGAGGAGGUGUAGGAGAAGGAGGAAGAGAAGGAAAAGAGAGAGAGAGAUAUAUAUAUAUAGAGAAAGAGAGAGAGAGAGAAACGAAGAAAAGGAAGCAAGGCAUAAAGGAGAGAAGGAAGACGAGAGAGAGAUAGAUAGAUAGAUAGAUAGAUAAAUAGAUAAAUAGAUAGAUAGAAAGAGGGAGAGAGAGGGAGAGAGAGAAAGAGAGAUAGAGAGAGAGAUAGAUAUCGUGAUAGAACGUGAGGAAAGAACGACGAAGUUUAGGGUUGUCGCGAGUGCGCGUGGGUGGGCGAGGCGUGUGCACACGGUGCGAGAGAAGAGGAGAGUGUCGCUAACGAGUAAGAUUCUUUACGAGAAGUUGUUGAAGGACGGUGGAGACGAAACGAGACGGCAACAGCAACGACAACGGCAACGGUAAUAACGACAACUGCGACAACCAUCAUGAGCGACGAUAGGAGUGAGGACGAUCCUAUAAUGGAUCUUUGGUAUAGUAAUUGGGAACAACAGUGCGUCGAGGCCCUCGAGGCUGAACCGGAAUAUGAAAAUCAACUGCACAACGUCAAGGAGAUCUAUUCGCAGCAGAUGUGGACGAGCUUCCAGACGACGGCGUCGGCCAUCGCCCAACUCUAUAAAGAUCGUACUCAGGGUGUCUCACUAUGGCUACCCUUCCAGACAGCUGCGGGUACCGUCACGUCAUUGUACAAAGAUUCGGUCGAUAGUAUGCGACGGUGCAGUGAACUAGGGAUAGAAACAGGAAAACAGAAACGUAGCAAAGAAAUAAUGAACUGGGCUAGGAAAAAGAGGCGCAUGAUCCGUAGAGAAGAUCUUUUAGCGUAUCUUGCUGGUAAACCACCUCCACCAAGACCACACUCGCACAGAAGUUCUCCGAAGCCAAGGAUGAUGGUAUGCGGUUCUUCUCCUUCGCAAAGUCCUACGCAAAGUAUGGUAGUGUCACAAACUUCGACACCUGGAAUAGAUUUGGAUCCCGAAUUACACACAUUUAGAGAAGCGAUUGCAUUGUCUGGCUCAUCAGUGUCUAGACGUACCGGAAGGCAAGCAGAAUUAUCCGCUUUUAUAAGCAACGAAUUUGCUCGGCAUCACAAACGACCUGCUUCGCAUGAUGUGGAUAUGGGAUCUCCUACGCACAAACGUUCGCGUUUCAUGUAACGGCGCGCGACGUGUAAAGUAGCCUCACUCCCUUGUUCCCUAUUAAUUAAUCAAUUGAUCAAUUAAUUACUAAUGGUUCAGCUCCCCUACGUGGUUCUCCCAUAUAGGAGUAAUCGUUUCGAUACGACGGCAGUGGUUUACAUUGUCGCGCGAGUACGUUCGUCCGUAUCUCGGUAAUCUUCCAAUAAAGUCACGAUUCUUCUUUAACUCCAAGAUAAUUCUAUAUUUUUGGAGUUACGCGACAUAGGAAGAUAUUGAAAUUGUGCCGUACCAAAAAGUGAUAUUUAUAUUUAGUUAAGGUCUUGUUUUUUCGAUCUUAUGUUUGAAUCGACUAUAUAUAUAUAUAUAUAUAAUAUACAUAUAUAUAUAUAUAAAAGAAGGAAAAAGGAAAGAUCUUUCUUUCUCUCGUGUCGUGUCAUGUCGUGUCGUGUCGUGUCGUCGUCGUCACGUUUCAUCACAUCUUGUUAUUUGUUUUUGUUUGUAAAUUAUUGUUUUGCUAAUAUAUACGUAAAUAUUUACCGACGAUCACCAACGAACGUACGGCGAUACUAUUCAAAGUGCCCAUGCAGAGAAAAGAUCACGUUGCGUUUACGUACGAUAAGUUUAUAUACGAGACUAUAUAGUUUUAUGAAGUCGACGAAAAUAUUAAGCACUUUGUCAAAAGUUUUGAAGAAAUGUAGAGAGGGAAGGAAAAAAAAAAAAAGAAAAUAUUGCUUUAAUAUAUUGUACACAUGAAAUUGUGUAUACGAAAAUAUUUAGCGCAAUCAUAAUGGAAAUUUAAAAAUUUUUCAAACAUUAUAUAAUAACAACUUGUUGGAAAAGUUUGGAUGAAAUUUUUCAUAUUACGACGAUUGACAUUUUGUAGUUAUUUUACUGCCCAACGUCGUAAUCGCGAGAAGAAAGGGGGGACAAGGAGAAUAUGUGAUCGUAAAAUAUUAUUUCAUAACCCAAAGGAUCGUUAGCUCUACUGAUCUUAAUAUUGUUAUAAUUAUUAUGCGGUUAUAGAUAAAUUUGAAAGAAAUUUGGACAUUUUUUAACACAAUAAAAAUAUUAUUUUAUACAGUUUUGUUGGCGAUAGAUAGAAGUCAAAGUAAAAUAAUGAGAGGAAGAUUAUAAGUUGAGAAGAAAAAAAUCUGGGAAGGUUUAAGAAGAAAGAAAGAAAAAUGAAGGUUUAAAAAUGUAUUGAUAAUAUUCAGAAUUGUCGGUAUAAUGUUAGUGUUUCGGAUAAACAUCGUCAACGUCAAAGAGAGUAAUUCAUAUAUAUUGUUGAUUGUACCUUCCGUACGUCCGAAACGAGUUCGAAGCUAUUUUUUAUGUAGUAUAUACUACUCAUCGUUGUUUUUAAACUCGUUUCUUCUCCAGAUGCGUUAUUUUUUUCAUUUAUCAAUGGCAAACUCUCUCGCAUUGUUAUGUACGAUACGUUGGAAAAAACAGAAACAGAUAGAGAAUCGUUGUCAUUUGUUUAUUAUAUAUUCAAUGAUUUUUUUUUUCUUUUUUUCUUUUUUUCUUUUUUUCUUUUUUUCUUUUUUGAUCUAUGAAAAUCAUAAAAACAAAAGCAACGAUUUGACCGAAAAAAUUCACAAAUUUUUUAGAUCUGUGUUCUAUUUUUUCCACGCGUAUCGGGUGCUCGUAAUCAUAUUUUUUACCGUCGACCGAAAUAUUUCAUUAUCAUGGGGGAAUAGUGGUGAUCGUGAAAUUGAAAUUGAUUAGAAAUAAGAAUAAGCUGCCAUCAAAGAGAUAGAGAGAAAAAAAAAAGAAAAAUUAACAACAACAAAACACCGAGAUUGGUUUAAAGCCAAUAUGUGUAAAACGAAGAACGCUUUAUAAACUCUUUCCUUUUGAUCCGUCAUCGAUCGUAUCAGAUUCUCGUCAAACGUUGAUUCUAUACGAUCGAAACGACAGAACAGAAUAGUUGAUUUAUUUUUGUUGGUAUGUAACAUAGGCUAGAAAUAGAAGAUGGAAUUCGCGCGUCAAGGUCUUCGUCAAGGUAUCACGAUAGGAUUUAAUAUUUCUCUAAACGUCUUGUCUUAUCUGUCAAAUAUUUCGGAGCAUUAUAAAUAACCAAUUUGUCUCCCUCAUUCAACGAACGAGUUCUUCGCAAUCUCUUCGGCGUAGACCUUGUCUCGACGAACCUGAGACAUUCUGGUGCAAUUAUGUAUAGAUAAAAAAAAAAAAAAAAAAAAAAAAACGAAAAAAAAAACAAAAAAAACACAACA